CUUCGGUAAUUGAUCUUCCUUCAAUCCAAUCACACUUUCUUGCCUGUCUCUCUUUCUCUCUACAGCCUCUUCUGGAAUCAAUUGUUCCAAUCCAGAAAGAUCAUUUCUUUUGCAUUCAGGUUCGCUUCUUCUCCAAUUUCGAAUAUUGGGUGGUCACGAAUUAUAUAUUUUCAGCUUCUUUUUUUUUUUUUUUGGGGCCCUUCGUUUGGGGAUAAAGAGAAGGCAAGAGAUGGAGUACAGAUGUGUGCAGUGUGGAUUUGAGAUCAAGAAACUGUACGUGCAGUACUCACCUGGGAACAUUCGCCUCAUGAAAUGCGAGAACUGUAAAGCAGUUGCUGAUGAGUAUAUUGAAUGUGAACCCAUGAUUUUGCUGAUUGAUUUGAUUCUGCACAAGCCAAAAGCAUAUAGACAUCUCCUUUACAAUAGACUCAAUCAAGAAACAGGGGAGUGCAAGGGCGUGUUGUGGAAAUCAGCCUUGGCCUUUCUUGCUUUGGAUGCUUACAGGUGUCUGUUGCUGGAAAUGGCUCGGGAAGGAUGGGGUUCGUCAUGGAGCUUUGGUUCUGUUACUUGGACGUGUGUAAAGAUAUUGGCGGAUGUCUUUCUUGGGAACUUGUUCCUUUUUUAUCUCCUUCUGCUCAUGACGAGAAUUUCUUUCACAAUACCAGUUGGAUUCUCCAGGCACAAGGACUUUACUCUUGCAAUCCUUGUUUCAAGCUACUUCAAGCUUCUACUAUUAGCCAUGAUGAUUUGGGAAUUUCCAUCAUCAGUGGUUUUUGUCAUUGACCUAUUUGUCUUGUCCUCCAAUGCAGUGGCUUUGAAAGUGAUCACCGAGUCAACCACGGAAAAAUGCAUAGGGGCUUGUUUCACUGCACAUGCUGCCAAAUUUUUUGCCGGUCAUCUUUUGCAAUGGUGCUUUGCUUGACAACUCCGUGAGGUAUCCAGCAAUCUCAAAAUCAUGCAUUAUGCUAUAUUCACGAGUGAGUUCGACACAUUGGGAAACUGUUUAGGGUCACCGCUUCUCCUUUUUGUGGCUUCCAUUUGGUGGAGGAAGGACAAGAAGAAAAGGCUUCGGUUGAUAUGUUCGGACUUACUUUCACUGGUCAGCCUUCUGAUGUCACGUAUAGAAGAGCAGCUUCGGAUGAAUGCUUCAAAGAUAUUGCAAAUUGCUGGCAUCUCAAGCUCUGAAGCAGUUAUUUGGACAACCAAGGUCAUUGCACAUCACCGUCUACCGUGCGACUUCAUUACCUGUUCAAAACAAUGUUAAUCUUGAAGUGAAUAUUUUCACUUUCUGCUGCAUCGUGUAUCCAGCUUUGGUUCCAAUUGUUUUCUGAUUUGCAGAAGUGGUUAGUGAGGUUAAUCUGACCGAUGACCCAGUGCUUGAUUCAAGAAUAUUUGAGUGUUAAUAACGGUAUUUACUGAAAUUGUCUCGGUU